AUGGCAGCAGCUGAGAUUCUUCCAUAUGAACUCUACUCUGAUGCUCCAGGAAUCCUGCUAAACAAGCCGGAAUGGGAAGCAGCUAAUGCUGCUCAUCCGCCGUCCUUCGAUUUUGGAUCGAGUCCUUCGGGUUGGCCUGCUAAAUUUACUGGACCUAAUGUCUGGACAGGUGAAUAUUUGAAGAGCAACCCUGAUCUGUAUAUUCGCACUCUUUCCCAACUUGAGAUAGCCGAAAUCGAGACCGCAAUCAAGAAAUGGAAGACCCUCGCGCUACCCCUUUCUGCUGUCCGUCGUGAGGAUUUCCCCCUGCCUACUCUAGGCCCGGUUCUACGCCAGCUAUCACACAACAUCUACCACGGCGUCGGUGUGCAGAUUCUGCGUGGAUUUCCAGUAUCGAAAUACACAAAGGACGAUCAAAUCAUUGCAUUUCUCGGCAUUAAUGCCUGGAUUGGAGAUCGUCGACUCAAUCAAGGUGCAAAUCGAGGAAUUUGUCAUAUCAAGAGCAUCGCCCAUAUCAAUCCCGAGGAACGCGGUAAAAUCUAUGUAUCCGCUCAAGACACGAACGCGCAAAUGUAUCAUAGCGAUGCUGGUGGUGAUAUUGUCGGGCUUAUGGCCGUCAGCCUUUCAGGUAUCGGUGGAGCUUCAACAGUGGCCAGCGCUGGACAGGUAUAUAAUCAACUUGCCCAGCAUCGCCCUGAUAUUCUUCGAAUAUUAGCGGCGAAAAAGUUUAGGUGGAGAGCGAACGGUAUUCCCGAUGAGGGUGUCAAUCUAAUCCAUCACAAGGAUAACCAGAUCUUCCUCAACUUCUCCACCAGAACUUUUAUUGGCUAUAGUGAGCUACCCGAACGAGACCAAGACUAUCCGGCUCUUACCUUCGAGGAGCGUGAAGCGUUUGCCGGCUGGCAAUGGGUAGCCGAUCAGUAUAGACUUGAAGUUGACCUUAAGGUCGGAGACAUUGAAUGGGUCAACAAUCUCCACCAUCAACAUGCCCGGCGCGGAUUCACUGAAGACAUCUCAAACCCACGCCAUUUGCUGCGCGUAUGGCUACAAGAUACAGAGAAUACGCCUGAUAUCCCAUCUGAUAUCAAGAACAAGUUUGAUGCCAUGUUUUCCGAGGAGCCCAGCUUCUACCCGCUUGAUGAGAUAGAAGAGGACUAUCGACGACGCACCACAGGUAUUUUCACUGGAUCUUGCAAAACUGAGACUGCCACUGAGCGGUUGGAACGUGGCGGUGUUGGCGCAAAUAAUGCAAAUCUAGUUCGGUAA